AUGAAGGAAGAUACCCUCCUGCGGUAUUUCAGACUUGGAGAAAUCGAGACAAAUCAUCUCUCCAUCUCCGAUAGAACGGGGGAUCUGGCUUCUACCAAUGAUAAAAUAGCGUGGGAGGAACUUAUAGAGGCUGACCUCAAUGUGAAACCCCUUAUUUUUCUGCCCUACUUUGAACGUUCAGAAGAGGUGCUCCGGCAGGGGCCGAUCAUCUAUAAGUUAGGUUCUAGUCCCGCUCGGUCCAAGCUUUGCAAAGCGCAUCCUUGUCGUGAAGGAUUCGCCAUUUGGAGACCGGUCAUAAGCAGCCUUGGGCCAGAGGAUGGCUUAUUCAAAGUCUAUCCUGGAUCCCACAGUAUACGCACUGAAGAGGAGCUGCGUCAUCGCGAAGCUACCGAGUUACGAAUCCGGGCAGACCAGAUACUUAUCAUGCGCGGUGGAAACUGGAUAGAGCAGGGAGUUGGCGGGUCUGGCCUUUUGAUGUGGGCGGGGGUGUCUAGAGAGAUCGUCGGUCUCUACAUCGACAAACACAGUCUAAAAUUUGUGGCGUCGGCAUUCGGGGCUGAGAGGUUCCUAGCGAUGGAUCAUCCGUUCGGCAUGACAAAUUCAGAACCCGUCAUUUUUGAUCGAGCAUUCCAAGACAGGAUCGUGAGAUCCAAUAGCCGCUCCGUGACUGCGACAAAUCUGCUUAUUAAUGCGUCAAAUGACCUGAUAGCGACUCAAAAUUUCCUAGAAAAGCUAUCCGAUCCCAGUGGCUUGAUUCUGAGGUCUGAGAAUGGCAAGCCCGAGGAAGAUCCCAGAAUUAAAUACGCCACCGUGCGCUCGUUAGACCCCAAAGGGUACUUUCUUCGCGCACUUACAUUACGGUAUCUUUCUAGGCGUUUACGAGAGAUACCUAACGAGACAAUUGCCAAUUUCCUACGCAACGCAGGGCUAAAAGACCCAACCCGGUCCGUGACGCAAGCCAUCCAGAAUGGACUUAGAAUGUCUUUUGUGGAAACCGAGACUCACGAGCCAGGUCUUUGGCUCGUUCUUAUGAGCGUACUGUCAAGGUUCCAUUUUAUGUCGGACGCGGAGGUACAAUUGGUCCCAAACCUUCUCCUGAAUAGGGAACACGAAGGGCUUCUAAACGCUGGGCGAAAGUAUUCUGGGGUCACAAUUCCAUAUGAUCGUGGUCACUUUGGCUCCGUUAUAUCAGACCCACUCUGA